AAAUGAUGAAAUUUUUGGUAAUCUGUUCUCUUCUUGUGGCCACCACCUGCGCCCUGAAAAUCCACGAAUAUGCCGAAUACAAACAUGAGGGUGAGGGCGAAGAUACCGAAGUCCAUCAUGAGGUUGAGCACAAACAUGCCACCUCUCAUCAAAGUGUCAAAUUCCAUCAUUAUCAUGCCGUCCCCGUCUACAUCAAAAAAGAAGAUCAACAUUUGGUCAAGAAGCCCGUCGAGAUCGGAGGCACUAAACAAAAAUUGAAAAUCCUUCAUCCCGAAACCAAAAAGAAUCACAAUCAUGGUUUGGUACUGGAAGAACACAGUGAAUCGAAAUUCCACGAGAUUGGCCAUCAUGAAGAGGAACCUGAACAUCAUGAGCACUCGGCUCAUUAUGAGCAAUACUAUCAUCAUGAAUAG